UCCCCUUUUCACGACACGCCGCGUUCCCUUUCGCGACGUCCGACGUGAUGACGACAUCAGAGCCGUAAACGACGUCAAACAUGGCCGCCCCCGACGCGUUAACAGCUUUAACUUCACGUUGAGAGCUUAUUGUCUGUCAUUUACGAUGACCACUUCUAAGGACAGUGUAGAGGAAAUGGCAUGUGAAAAGGAAGAAGUGGGAAAAGACUCACGUUGUGGAGACAUAGGAGGAGACAACAAAGAACAAAAGAAGGAAGAUGUAAGAGAAGCAGGAGGUGAAAUAGAAGAUGGCAAAGAGAAAAAAGAUGGCGGAGAAUCGGAACAUGUUGAAGGAGAGGACUGUAGUGAUGAUGAAGAAGAGGAGGAGGAGGAGGAGGCAGCAGGACAGCCCACAGAUAAAACGGAGGAAAAGCCUGAUCAAGUUGAAUUCAAAAACCAGCCUGAGGUCCUGAACUUGAACAAUGAGGUGGUGAAUAUGAGAAAAGAGGUGAAGAGAGUGAGGGCACUGCUCAGCAGGAAGCUCAUUCGCCAGAUUACGGGGCUGAAGAAGAAGAAGGGGAAUGAGGCGGACAUUGAGAAGAAUCACAGAAGGGCCGCCAGACUACUGGAGGAGAUCCACGCAAUGAAAGUGCUCCGACCGGACCUUGUCACCAAGACAGCCUUGCAGAAGAAUCUCAACUUCAACGAGGUGUGCAAGAACCCAAAGACGACCAUGUCCGACAGAGCCAUAGCUCGCAUCGCCUCCCACCCCCAGUUUAAGAAGAAGAUCGAGAACAUCCAGGCCGCUGUGAAGGCUUUCAGAGAUGAGAGGAGGAGGAAGGGAUGGAAGCAAGGAGAACAGAAGGUCAAAAAUGAAGCUGGAAAGGUAGCUCUGCACUCACCUGAUGUUAAGCCUGAAAAGGUUCAAGAAAUGGUGAGGGAAGAAAAUUAUUCUGAAGAAGUGAGGGAAAGUCCUAACGAUGAUGACAGUGAGCCAAAAGAUCAAACUUCUUCUGAACCUGAUGAGGACAAAAUGGAAUCUACUCCAGCUGCCGAAAAGAAAGUAACUGUGGAGACUAAAAUUGUCAAACCAGCAUCAGUCAAAAAGAGUGAGCCUGAAGAACAGGUAAGGCAAAAGAAACCGCAAGCGAAGACUCAGGAAAAUAAACCGAAAGUUGUGCCCGACUCCACAAAAGAAGAAGAAGAGAGCGAAUUGGAUCUCUCUGACGAGGAGGACAAACCGUACUUUGAUGACAGUACUGAGGAACGAUUCCACAAGCAGUCGUCUCAGGAGGAGAGUGAGAGUGAUAAUGACUUUUUUGUGGGCAAAGUGAGCAAAUUGAAGAAAAAGAAGAGUAAAAACACAGAAGACGGGGACAAGAGUAAAGAGGAUUCAGCAGGAAAAUUAAAGACUGCCGACAAGGUUCAGGGUGAACUCGACAAGCUUGAGUCACGGUUAAAGGCAAAAGAACCCAAACUUCAGACUGUCUUCUGCUCUUUGUCUCAAACAAAACCGAGUCGGGGCGGAAGAGGGAAGCCGUUUAGAGGUCAAGGGAAACCGAUGGGCAGGGGCUGCGUAGAUUCUGAUAAACGCACCAAGUUCCAAAAGGAAGAGAAGGGACCAACGGGGCACAAUAAGUACAACGGGCCUGACGGCAAACGUUCGGAUUCCGAGAGAAGAAACUUUAGAGGCCGUGGCCGAGGCGAUGCUACAAGGCAGCAGGAUCGUCGCGGUCCAGGUGGCUUUUCCCAUCAGGCAACACAACAGGCCCUGCAUCCAUCAUGGGAGGCCAGCAAGAAAAGAAAAGAGCAGCAAGGACAAAUUGUGGCUUUCCAAGGGAAGAAGAUCAAGUUUGAUGAUGAUGACUGAUCUGUCUGCUUCUUUAUUUGUGAUCAAGUGAUUUUUAUGCCUUAUCGUAUGACUAAUUGUGAGUUGCUUCUGGAUCAUUUGUGAUUUUUGUUUCAAGGAAAGGACAAAAUUCUAAGCUUUAGGAUUGUGUUUUCAAUUGCAGUGUAAUACAGGUUUAUGCAAAACGGUAUUGUAUAGAAGCAAAGGAUUUGGGAAGCUCAUAUUUUCAUUGUAUGAAGACUAGAAUUACACAAAACCAGUAUGCUUACAUUCACAACACGAUCUUUUAAAUCAAUCCAAAGGCUAGUAAUAUGUAUUUUUUUCUGCAUUAUUUACAGAUGCAUCCACUGUUCAGUACCACGCUCCAGCUCACCCGCGACCCAGAUGGGACUAAGUGGUUAGAAAAUGGCUGGUUGGUCACAGGUUACUGGAAAAUACUUUUAAAUUAAUGAAGUGACGUGCAGGGAUAGGCCCAGUAGCCCGUGACCUUAGUGAGGAUAAGCGGUAGAGAAAAUGGAUGGAUGUAUUGACAUGCAGUGAUGGCAGUAACAUUUUAUAUAUUACUUAAGCACGUGUUGCUGUUUCCAGACCGCCGGUAAUCAGAUUAAAGUCAUUUACCCAAGUCA